UCCUGCACAGCUCGAUCAAGAAACAGAGCCAGGAAGCUUUUCAAAGUCGACUCAGAGAGGAGAGGAGGUGGGGGGAGCUUGCAGCAUGUCCUUCCAGAAGGCCUCAUGACAGAGUUCAUCCACAGGCAGAGCAGGGAGGAGGCAAUAAUCAUAACACACUGCACGCAUGGCCAGAGAGAGGUGGGCUGUGUCAGGGGAGGGGCUCAUCCCGGACCCACACCAGCGCUAAAAGUGUAAAAUUCCAGUGGCUGCUGGAGGAAAAGAUUGAAGCCAAACUGAAGUUUUCACAGUUCUUGGAUGAGGUGACAUCCAACGUGUUUGACCCAAACAGCCUGCAGGCUUUUGGGAGGCCAGUCUCGCCCUCCAGCUCCACCACCACAAACCCAGAUCAGACUGAAGAAAAGAUCCAAGUGGUGACUCAGUGGAGCCCCAGGCUGUCCCGCUCAAUGGCCCAGCAGCAGGGCUCUUUAUUCGAGCAGAAGAAGCCCCAAAAAAAGCCGACUCCCCCUGACCUGACACAGAAAACGUAUCUGGAGACGGACAUUGACGCUGUGAGGGCCGAUGACGAGCAGCAGGAUCAGGAGAUAAAGGCAGAUACAUCGGCACAGCUGGAUCUAGACGAGAAAAACGUGAUUCCACCUCCUCCGCAGUUCUGUCAAGGGUUUGAGAUGAAGAGUCCCUUUCUGGAGUUUUAUUGUGACUUCCCCAGAUACCCCUACAGAUCUGCCUCUCUGCCCAGGGGCAUCAACAUGGUGCCUGAUGAAGAGAUGAACAGCAUAGACACUAUCAGCUCAUUGCUGGAGCAGAAGGAGGACUUACGGAAGAGGCUUUCCUACACGACUCACAAGCUGGAGCUGCUGCAGAGCGAGUUCGACUCCACGCGGCAGUACCUGGAAACGGAGCUGCGCCGAGCACAGGAGGAGCUGGACAAGUUUACUGAUAAACUGCGCAGAAUACAGAGCAGCUACUCGGCACUGCAGAGGAUCAACCAAGAUCUGGAGGAGAAGAUCCACAGAAAUUCCCAGCACCACGACGAUGAGAAACGAGCUUUGAGCAGAGAGAUCAUCGUUCUCAACAACCACCUGAUGGAGGCCAAGCUCACCAUCGAGAAGCUGCGAGAGGACAAUGAUCUGUACAGAAAGGACUGUAACCUGGCUGCUCAGCUUCUCCAGUGCAACAAGUCUCUUUACAGAGCCCAGCUCUCUGAGCUGCCUGCUGAUUUUCAGGAGCGACUGACCAUGCACAUGGAGGAGCCUCCUCUCUGUCACACCUACCCCGACACUGUCCCAGCCUCUCUCAUUGCCAAAGUGCUCGAGAAGCCAGACGAAGCCUGCAGCAGCAGCCAGGCCUCCCGCUCCCCAAGCCCCCAAACCCAGGACCAUGCUUUUAUUUUGGAGAGCUUGGGCCCAGGAGAGCGCCUGGGGCUCCGUGCAGCCUACAAAUCCGACCUGUACAGCAGUGACACGGCCCUGUACUGCCCUGAUGACCGGCACCGUGAGCGGAGACCCAGCAUGGACCUCCACGGUCAGAGGAAGCUGCUGUAUGGGCCCCAAAACUCCACCGACAGCACUCCAGAGGAGGGGUCAGUUGGGUUAAGAGCCGGCUUCUCACAGGAGCACUUCGCUAAAUUCCCCGCCACUCUGGGUGCAGGCUCCAGCUCCUACUCCAGCUUCAGCGGUGGGGGAUCUGAGGACAAAGGCAACGGCCCACCCAGCAGUGUAGCUUCCUCCCCUCGCCAUCAUUCCCUCUACAUGGACUGGAGAGACGCAGGUGACUAUGAGAGAAAGAGCGAUUCAUCCUGGGAGAGGGACAGUCCAAGAGGCUUUGCCAACGCUCAUCCCUUCCAGCAGACGGAGCUGAGCCACCAUCAGAACGGCAGCUCACCUGUCUACAGCCGCACCAUGUCCUCCUGUUUCAGUGAACCCUAUGAGCCACUCCCUCCCUCUUCAUCCCCAAGUGUUGCCUAUGGAGACAGUCGACGAGGUAGCACAUUAGCCCCCGAGGAGGAAGAGCUGAUUGGUCGAUGGAGACAACUUAGUGUGGAGGAUUUAAGUGCCCACACCUACCGCAGCCCAGGCCGGGCCUCACCUUACAGCUUCUCAGAGCAGCACUUCUCUGUGCGGCCUGCUAAGAUUCGACUCGGGCCGCUCUACAGCAGCUUCCAGGAGGGGGCUGACUAUUAUCAUCACGGAGUGGGUGUCAUGGACCCAGUGUGGGUGGCCGCCAGCCCCAGCCCCGAAUGCAGCCCAGGGCUGCGACAGGCACACAGCCAAGCCCACAUCUACCGAGCUGAGGACAGUCAGGAGUCGGAGCACAGCCUCUACCACUCAGGGAGCUCCAAAGACAGGGAGGGCAACGUGGCAGCUGGUGGCCAGAGCACGGAUUAUGUAGACCCCAGUCCCAACAGCUCCACCGAGUCUCUCAACCAGAGGACCUUGGAGAUGGCCGCAGAGCUGCAGCACUAUCAAGUGGAGAUGCACAGCUUGCCUGCACAGGUGAGCCAGUCGCCACCACCGGCCCCACCCCCUCCUCCUCCGUACAACCAAAAAUUUGGCUCCCUGGGACUUUCCAGGAAGGACAGUCUGACCAAGGCCCAGCUCUAUGGAACACUUCUGAACUGAAGGACUUUCCAAUCAGGUUCAUUCUUUGAUAGGAUUUUAGAUGCAAAGCCCUGAUGUGUCCAGCUACACCUUCUGUUAGAACAACCAUUUUGAUAGAAAAUGGUUUGAAUAGAAGCCAGGAGCCAAAUGAUUCAGUACCAUGAACAUGUAACUAUUGCUGAUUAUCUAAAAGCUUCAGUUGUAUGGCAGUGGAUGGCAACAGUUUACACUACAAUUGUCCAGAGCAAAUCAGUGACGUUAAGAGUUGGAUGUGGGGCAACAGGAGAGGUGGAGCUCAAGCAGCCCUUAAAUUUGUAAGAAUGUGUAUGUAUUUAAAUUACAAAUGUAUAAAUAUAUACUUGUAACUACAAAUUGAGUGAUAUAUUUUGUAUGUGGCUGUUAGCAAGAAAUAAUGUACAUCCAAAACAAUCACACAAAAUGCAAAUCUUCUUGAUAAACCUGGAACUUGUACAUAAAUUAAGAACUGCCAAUCCUAUAUUUGAGAAUUCAGAAAGGUAUAUUAAGUGAGAAGUAAACUGCAUAUAGAUUAGUUUCAGUCAUUAUUUUUAAUCGGCUGAAACAGUGUUGGCCUUGGGAGGAUUUAGAUGUGAAUGUUAAACAUAAGGGGAUGUUAAAAAUGAUUAUUAAUCACUCAAAUGAACAACAGGAAACAUAUAUUUUGUUUUUCUUCUGUUGAUUGAAUUUGACAGUAUUGAUGGGUGUGUUAUAUUGUUAUUGAUGGAGCGUUUUGAGAUCUGUCUUAGCAGUCAGUAUUACUUUGUUUUUGCUCUUCUAUAUCCCACGGAGAGGUUUUCUUGCACCCAUUCUACCUCAGAUUUGGAUGCCCACACCCCAUUAAAAAACUGUAACCUUGUUUCUUUGACUACGAUGCAUGUUUAUAUAUUUUGGUUGUUUUGUUCGCCUAAUAAAGCACAAAUUACACA